GUCCUAAAUGAAUACAAAGAAGGGAAGGUGUAUUGUUUGUUUGACCCUGGCUGGUUGAAAGAGAUAUCAUAUCAGAAAAUCAUGGAUGACUUGGAAUAUUGCUUUUUAAAAGCAAAUUGCACUCAUUCCAUGAAAAUAUCAGAUACACCGCAUUCUACAUGGAUUUCUGGGAACAAGAAUAAUGGCUCUAAAGUCAGUGCUUACUGCACAUGUUUUGCUAGGUUUGUAUUACCAAGAGGAGAUGAAUUGCAAAAACCUAGGAGCAGGGCAAUGAUUCUUGAGCCCCCCAACAGUGUUGAGGUUUUUAGAUGCUACAUGAUUAUUUUCAUUCCGUUUUUUUAUAAUUUCAGAUCGAGCAGCUCUUACAUUCACAUCACAGCAUUGCUGUUUAGAGUUGAGGCUGCUAAUAGGAGUGGAAUGACUAACCCAGCUUGUACAUCAAGACAAUGUGUGUGAAAUGUCCAUUCAGAAAAGACAGCACGCGUAGCCUCUAUCAGCCGGUAGGAAAAAAGAGCGCUUUUGAUGACAAUUAGAGAAGUUUGUACAAGAAUUUAAAGGACGCAUUUCAAGACUC